CUCUCUCUCUCUCUGUCUCUCUCUCUCUCUCUCUCUCAGUCAAACAGGUGGCUUUCUCAGCCUCUCUGUUGGCUUCAGGCUUAGGAACUAUCGGACCAUUUAACACUGAAACUAAUCUGGUCUUCAGAUACAUCUUCUCAAACAUUGGGAAUGCCUACAACCCAAACACAGGUUUUUUCAUUGCACCAGUGAGAGGAGCCUACCACUUUGAGUUCUACGUAUAUGGUCACGGAGAUCCUUCACACGCUUCAGCUGCUGCGUUGUUCAAGAACGGAGAGCAUGUUUGUAUUGCAUAUGAACAUCAGACGUCAGGUGCUGGCACAUCUUCAAAUGGUGCCACACUGCUUCUGGAGGUCGGAGAUGUUUUGUUUUUGCGUUUGUGGGGAAACUGCAAGAUAUUUGACAGUGUAAAUCAUCAUAGUACCUUUAGUGGUCAUCUGCUUUUCACCAUGUGAAUGGGAAACCUUUUUUCUUGUGUGUGGCAGCUCUUGUUGAAAAAAGUGUAAUUAGUUUUUCCUUAAUGUGAAAGCUGAUAACAACACUGUACAAUACACUUUUUAAUAAAACAAAUGUUUGCUUUUUUUU